GUUUCCGAUAGGACGUGCGUAGAGCAGGAAAACGCGUAGCAGUUCCGUGUGGAAAAACAACACCACCUGCCCCCCUGGAGGGUUUAGCAUCGACCGAUGUAGAUGUUUCUCAGAACCCGACCUGAACGCAGUAGAGCCCGGGCAAAAGUGUCCUUCCAUAGGAUUUAGGUUUGUUUUGGAUACACGCAAAAACAAAAAAAAAAUACUCAGACAUCAAAGAAACGUGACGGAAUGUUAGGCCACCGAACCGCAAAACGGUUGUAAAUCUAAGCCCAAAUUAGGCCGAGCAGUGUUGUGUAAAAGAUUACGCCAUUCGUACCAGUGCUCUUUUCGUGAACCCUACGUCUGCCUUGGAGGUCACAAAGAAGAUUCGAAGUUCGUUUCGGCGGUGACGUUGAAGUGCGUGAGAACGUGGAGUGUUGUUGGUGCGUAGAACCUCUGUGGCAAACUGGAGGUGUUGGCACAGUGUGAAUACAAGUGCUGUUGAUUAUUAAUGCACCACAACUGCAUCGUUUGAGCUGUGCAAGUGUUUUCGUGUGAAAAAGUGUGGGUAAGGGGGCAAGAGGGAGAGUGCAUUUGUUACACCUGACCGACAUUGGUGGAGCGCCCUUGGACCAGACUUGAACCAUUAAUUGACCAGCAACAACAGACCGUAAUUGGGCGUCCUUGAAGGGCGCGGCUAAAGGAACCGGAAAGGAAUAGGGGACCAAGUCCGACAACACCUACUGGUGACAGUUAUUGCUUGAGUGACUCAACGGCCGGACAGGCACCACCCGUCGACUCAGCCUCCGAGGUCGACAGUCUGCUGUCGGCAGAAUCGGCAGACGGUAACCGGGGCCCGGAAGCCGGCAGUCCCGAAACGAUGGCCGGUGCCAGCAAGGAGCUGAGCCCCGAGCAGUCGCCCCCGGAGGCGUCGGAGGUGGCACGGACGAAGGACGACAGCGUGAUGUCGCUGCUGUACUCGUUUGCCAAGAAGGUGGUCACCGUCGGCAUCAUCUACUUCGUCGGCUACAUGGGCUGGUCGGUGGCGUGGCUCAUCACGCCCGUGAUCCUGUCGGUGGCGCGCGAGUCCUGGCGCAAGACGAACGACACGCGGCGCAGCGUGGCGAAGGCGUCGGCCGUGGCGAACGACAAGGACGUCAUCCUGGCACGACUGCACGAUUUGCCAGCCUGGGUCUUCUUCCCAGAUGUCGAGCGUUGCGAAUGGCUGAACAGAAUCCUGAAGCAAGUUUGGCCAAAUGCCAAUUUUUACGCGAAGAAUCUCAUCAAAGAAUCGAUCGAACCGAACAUCCAGCAGGCAAUGGCCGGCUACAAGCUGAAUGGGUUCAAAUUCGAUCGAAUGAUCCUCGGAACGAUCCCUCCCCGCAUCGGUGGUGUCAAGGUGUAUGAUAAAAAUGUGUCCCGCAACGAAAUCAUUAUGGAUUUGGACCUUUUCUACGCCGGUGAUUGCGAUAUCAGCUUCGCACUCAGCGGCCUUCGGGGUGGUAUCAAAGAUUUUCAGAUUCAUGGCACGGUUCGCGUGAUUAUGAAGCCACUGAUUUCGCAGAUGCCGCUGAUCGGUGGACUGCAAAUUUUCUUCCUCAACAAUCCAAACAUCGACUUCAAUCUGGUCGGCGUCGUCGAUCUUCUCGAUAUGCCCGGUCUGAGUGAUAUCCUGCGCAAGAUUAUCGUCGAGCAGGUUGCGGCCAUUAUGGUACUACCGAACAAGUUGCCCAUCGUGCUGAGCGAUGGAGUGCCGGCACUUUCCCUGAAAAUGCCAGAACCAGAGGGCGUACUCCGUAUUCACGUGGUCGAGGCUAAGGACCUCAUGAAGAAGGACAUCAGCGUGCUCGGCAAGGGCAAGUCCGACCCGUACGCCAUCAUUUCCGUCGGCGCACAGCAGUUCCGCACGCAAACCAUCGACAACACGGUCAACCCGAAGUGGGACUACUGGUGCGAGGCCUGUGUUGACGUUACGCAUCAAACGUUGAUUGGCAUAAAGUUAUUCGACUGGGAUCGAACCGGUGACCACGACCCACUAGGAAGAGCGACUGUGGAAAUCAGCAGCGUUACCAAGAAUGGUGAAAUCGAUACGUGGCUAACACUGGAGCAAGCGAAGCAUGGUUUGGUGCACCUGCGGAUGACCUGGUUUAGGCUGAGCUCCGAAAAGUCCGACCUGAAGGCAGCGCUGGAAGAAACGCAGCAUCUCCGGGUGACCUCCAUGAGUACCGCUCUGCUGACAGUCUUUAUAGACUCGGCUAAGAACCUUCCGCAAGCUCGCCAGCAGUCUCAGCCAGAUCCGUAUCUAGUACUGUCCGUUGGCAAGAAGAACGAGCAAACCUCGGUUCAGAUGCGCACUGAUGCCCCAGUCUGGGAGCAGGGCUUUACCUUCCUCGUUGGCAAUCCGGAUAACGACACGUUGCAGCUGAAGGUGAUCGAUCAGAAGACGGGUAACACGAUCGGCUCGCUCACCUACAUCCUUAGUGCGCUGAUGGAGAAGAAAAAUCUCGAGAUCAUGUCGCAGCCGUUCCAGCUGCAAAAGUCUGGCCCCGAGACAAAGCUUAUCAUGUCAUUAUCGCUGCGUAUUUUGAAGCGCCAUCGCGAGCAGGAAGUCUCGGUGGGAUCACCGGACCGUGCGUCGGUUUCUGAGGCGGACAGUGUCCUAUCACGUACCAGCUCUAUCCGCACGUCGACCUCGUUGUCACAGUCGCAAGCCGGGCAGCAGCCUUCGGCAGACGCACACCCGACGCAGGGUGAAUCGGGCACUGGGCUGGCCCAUCAAGGAAGCGUCCGCAAGCAGGAGUCGCGUAAGUCGACCAAUUCGGCCAUUCUGGAGCAGAUGUCAAUCCAGGAGGAACCAUUUGUAGUGUCCACGCUAAACACGGCCAUGAUGGGUACCCCGCCACGCAGCCCGAAUCUCAGCGAGGGUGGCACGGAGCUGCUACGCCGAAGCCCCAGCACCACGUCUUCGGCCGGAUCGGCUGGACUCGGACGUAUCCAGCUUACGGUUGCAUUUAGCGUGCAGCGACAGCGUCUGCUGGUGAUCGUACACAAGAUCAGCAAUAUUCCGCUGAAGGACCCGAGCAACAUUCCCGAUCCGUACGUGAAACUGUACCUGCUGCCGGGUCGGUCGAAGGAAUCGAAGCGCAAGACGGCCGUGGUGAAAGAUAACUGCGAUCCAGUGUUUGAUACGACGUUCGAGUACAUCAUCUCUAACGCGGAGCUGGUCAACUCGGAGCUCGAGGUGACCGUAUGCACCCAGAAGGGUUUCUUCGGCAGCCCAGUCAUUGGCAUGCAAAAACUUAUGCUCAACGAUCCGGACAUUUCCAGCGGGCAGGGCAUCAAAGCGUGGUACGAUCUGCUGCCGGAGUCAAAGUUUGAAUAAAUCCGGCCAUUGUGAAGCAAAGUCCAACCGUGAACUGCAGUUUGAAUCGUUUGAAUGUGUUGCUUUCGUCGUUUAUUGUUGCCGAACGCAGAGUCCAGUGAAAGCAUCAAACAAAUUGUGUUGAAAACACCAGCAUUUUAAGUUGAAGGCGUAUUUUUGAACGUUUAUUGUGUGAAGCAUUUGGCAAAGCUGCUCACUGCGCUACAUAGCUGAUUAUGUUCGUUAAAAUUUAUAGUUAUGUAAAUGUUCUAAACUUAUGUUCAUGUUAGAAAAGCUAAGCGUAAAAGUUAACAACGUAUUGCAUAUUUUUAUCUCCAGGAAACACUCAAGGAUAAUGUGACAUUCAGAUGGUAGGACAACAGAAGUGUAUUAUUAUAAUAUACAUAUAUAUAAAACGUCUCCGAAUUGUGCCGUGAGACUUUAAACGUUUAACCAAUCAUGACUAUAAUUCAGUACACUCAUUCAUCCAACAUAAAGCAGCUGAAAAGGGGUUUUACCAAAUAACAAACAUGUCUACAUGUACAUACGCUGAUAGAUGAAUGAUGAUACGCAUUUCAAAAAACCAAAACCAUGUGGAGAGUUAUUGUGUCACCUACCUUCGUAGUUGGUAGAAUUAUUCCAGUCUAUUUUUUCCUCUAGUAAACUUGGAUGAAGAUGAUCAUCCAAUCGGUAGCUCUUGAAGUAGACGAUGCUUCUUUUAUGCAACAUUCUUCCUAGUACGGAAAGAGGUCAAACAAAGAAAUCUUUGAUCGGUAUUCUGGUCGAUUCCGCGCAUCGCUUCGUGGGGAUCGUACCGAGCACCGUACGAAAGUUGUCUCCAAAAUGUGUCAAUUAUGAAUUCCCUCUUCUCUGCCGCGGACCGGAGGGUUUCUUAGCAGAAUGUAGUUAGCUGUUUGCCGAACGCCACGGAGUGAAGUGUCGAUCGUGCACUGUAUGCUGCUCGUUUAGUGAUCGCGCUUUGCAAAUAUGAUGUAGUCAGAGGGAAGGGCUUUCAGGGAAGGUGUUUAAUCACCUGGAUGGAACUCAAUGGUUCGUUUUUACGUUAGCGAGCAGUUACAACUGGAAGAAAACGAAUCUACGAACUGCCGUUUGUUUACCUACGCGUCAACGCGAAGGAAAAUCGUGUUCAGUGUGUACAUACUACUUUGCCUUGAGAACGUACAGCACGCCACAUGCACAUGCACGAGGGAUUUCUUCGUUUUUUUUGCUAUUACCUUAGCUGCACCCAUGUUUUUCACCACAAGAGCAUCAAUUGAAUAAGCAUUGCGGACGAAAUGGCUACGGCAAAUAAAUAUUGUUACAUUAAGCUAUAGAUAAAAAAGAGCAAAGAAUCUACAGAGCUUACUUAUACUUAUAAAUUUUCAGCCUAGCAUAGCAUAGCAGAGCUUAAGAAUCACACAACAAUCUAUCGCGCUGGUACAAAACAUGUAGGCCGCUUUUAAAAUGUAGAACAUCACAAUCGUUUUCAUACAUAAAUAUUCAAAAACAACAAUCAAAUAUAGAUGAAACAAAUGUUGAUGCCAGGAAAAAUGUGGAAAUAACAAUCCUCACUGGGGAACAUGAUUGGAAAGAGUGAGAAUGUACGCCUUCGGUAAAUUUUGCAUAAAAGAUCUUUAAAAUUGAAACAGAAGCAUAAUAAUGUAACAUCCGCACAUAUAGAUAAACAAAAAUCAAUAAUACAUCGUGAUGCACGUGCUUGUAUUUUCAAGAAUAUUCAAAAACAAAAUGUUCACAAAACAUUUACGGUGCACAAAAGCCUAAAAUUCGUUGUGCUUCAAGUGAUAUAUGACACUUUGUAGUUAUUAAGUUGUAAAGGGUCGUCGUUUCGUAAAUGAUAAUAAAUCUAUUUAA